UUGCUUCUGGAUUUCCUUAACUUUCCAAAAUGGCUUUGAAAAGUUUGUCUACUCUUUCACACACCACAGUCUUCCACAAACUCAUUCAUGUUUCUUCCAAUUCUAAUUCCCAACCUUUCCCCUCAAUCUUCAAAUCAACAUCACCUCACAAACACACGCCUUGUUUUACUAAGAGGAAACUUAACCUUACCUUUCUUCUUUCCCCAUUUCUAUGGACCUUCUUACCUAAUGCAAUGUUAUUGGCUCAACAACUAAUGGAGCUUCAGAGAUACACAGAUUCCAAACAAGGCUUCACUCUUCUUACUCCCUCUUCUUGGACAAAGGUUGAUAAAGCUGGCGCUACAGUGUUGUUUCAAGAGGCUAAUAUGGGAAGUAACAAUAUUGGGGUUGUUGUUAACCCAGUUCGCCUUGCAACUCUUCCAGAUUUUGGAACUCCUCAAUUUGUAGCUGAUAAGCUUUUACAAGCUGAGAGACGUAAGGAAAGUACAGUGGAAGCCGAGCUGAUUGCAGUUGCAGAAAGAUCAGGGGAGGGAGGUUUGCAAGUUUAUGAAUUUGAAUACAAGGUUGAUAGUACUAGGGGAGGGAUGAAGAGGAUUUUUACUGCAGCAUUUGUGGCCUCAAAGAAGCUUUAUCUUCUAAACAUUGUUCAUUCUGAUAAACCAGAGAGCCCUCUUGAUCCACAUAAAAGAAUGAUGUUAGAGCAAGUUCUUCAUUCCUUUGAUUCAUCUAGUUGAACUUGGAAUUAAAAAUUUGGGUCUUAUUUUUGCCCCUCUCCUGAUUUUUUAUUCUUUAGUUAUUGCUACUGACUUAUGUUCAAAUGUUACUCUGAAAGCCAUCAUACACUAACAGGCUAAAAAGUUUAAGUGCUUAUUGAGCUAAAUGUAUUUGAACUUGUAAUUGCAUAUUACUUCAA